AUGGCAUCCGAAUCUGCAGGGUACAUCGCCGACCCCGACGAGCAGCCCUUCUCUCCCUCUGUUUUUCUUAACCUGCCCCCAACUCCUCCCGAUGAUGGGCAGGACCCGGUGGUCUCGUCAGACGACCUCGUGAUCCCCUUCAUCUCACACAUACUCAUGGACGACGACGACAAGCUGUCGUACCAGUGCCCUGAUCACCAAGCGCUACUCCAAGCUCAGCAGCCCUUCGCUGAGAUCCUAUCCGACACCACCACCACCACCAAUACCAACGUAGCGACCAGCACCUUCACCGUCUCGCCCUUCUUCCCCAAUAAUGCCGUGUCCGCGUUCGGAACCGCUACCUGGCCCUAUGACCCAGUCGAGCUCUCCCUACAUCUCCUUUCUAGGACUCCGUACCACGUCCCCGACAACGUCAGAAGAACCGGACGCGAUGGCCUCACCCUAACCACGGGUGAUCAUGGUCGUGCCAACACCACCUUCUUGCCCGAGCAAGAUAACAACUACACCACCAGCGUGGGACAAUUCCGACGACAGAACGCAGACAAGGCAACCAUGGACAUGCUCAACCAGGCAUUCCGCAAGGGUAUGGAAGAGGCCAACAAGUUCUUGCCCACCACCAACAUGCUCCCCAUCCACUCAGAGGCCAUCUCUGGGUCGUCUAGGGAGCACCUGUCUAGAGACAGACACAGGAUUGCCGAUGGACAAGUGAAGGAGAAGGGGAUUGUUGAUGGGAUCACGUCAUCAUCAAUGUUACAAGAAAGUGGUAGCGAUAGCAUAGCCUGUAAGAAAGACCAUAACCGCUGGGACGACUUGGAGGUCGAGAUGGACAGAAAAAUGGCGGACUUGAGCAUUAUUGCCGUGAUAGCACCAGAGUCAGAUCAAACCAGGGAAAAGAUAGACAAAUUUGUUUUGAUCAAGUACCAGUCAUUACUCGACAAGAUGAUCGCCGUGGACAUGGAGGCUGAGAAGAAUGCCAACAAGGGCAAAAGGAAGUCCGUAGCGGUCACGAGCAAUGAGCCUGCCGUCGACUUGCGCGCCCUGCUCAUGCAAUGUGCUCAUGCCGUGGCCACAGGAAACCGUCUUGGUGCCACCGAGCUGCUUUACAAGAUCAAGCAACAUUCCUCGCCAAUGGGAGAUGCCACACAAAGGUUGGCACAUUGUUAUGCUCAGGCGCUAGAAGCACGUUUGGAUGGCAUGGGAAGCCAGUUGUACAAUUCACUCAUGGUGAAGCAGCUCACCUCAGCUAAUGAGUUCCUCUUCCUCAAGGCCUAUCAGCUCUGCGUGCCAGCUUCUUGUUUCAAAAUGAUGGCGUUCAUGUUCUCCAACCUAACCAUCCUGAAGGCUGUCGCCGGUAGGGCUAGGAGAAAAAAGGUGCACAUUGUGGAUUAUGGUGAGCAUUAUGGGUUCCAGUGGCCGACCCUGCUUGGCAAUUGGGCAACUUUGCAGGAAGAAGGACGACCACUGGAGACUCCUGUGAUGUCCACAUGGGCUGUAGAUGACAGUCUUAGAAUUGUAGCUGAUUACUUUACACAGUUUGUGAUGGUUUCUGAACACAAUGAAACCUUGUGA